CACUUUUCGUUGUGACGUCAUUUUCUAUCGGUCCUGCAAACUUGCUGAAGUGUUUCAACGAUGGGUCGCUCAUUCAAUUUCACUUAUUUGUUCGCAUGUGUGAUUUUGUUUGCAGUUUACGCUGCACCCCUUGAAAAAGAAAAUGUCGAUGGACCACAAUUGCCUCCCUACGAUUCCGUCCGAGAAGUCCGUAACUCUGAUCUGUCUCCUGUUGAUGAUGUCAGUAAGGAAGAUCAAAAGUUGGAUGAAGCAGUGAAAAGAGACACAAAUACCAAUACUGAGAAAGAAAACGAAUUGGACCUAGAUAAACGGGAAGACGAGAAGAUAGAGGAUAGCAUUGAGGAGGCUGAAAAGGCCAACAAGAGGGGAGCGGGUGAUGAUGAUGAUUUAGAGAAACGGGAUGAUGACGAUGAUGAUGAUGAUUUAGAGAAACGGGAUGAUGACGAUGAUGAUGAGGAUUUAGAGAAACGGGAUGAUGAUGACGAUGAUGAGGAUUUAGAGAAACGGGAUGAUGAUGACGAUGAUGAGGAUUUAGAGAAACGGGAUGAUGAUGACGAUGAUGAGGAUUUAGAAAAACGGGAUGAUGAUGACGAUGAUGAGGAUUUAGAGAAACGGGAUGAUGAUGAUGAUGAUGAUGAGGAGGAGGAGGAGGAUUUAGAGAAACGGGAUGAUGAUGACGAUGAUGAUUCAGAGAAACGGGAUGAUGAUGACGAUGAUGAUUUAGAGAAACGGGAUGAUGAUGACGAUGAUGAUGAGGAUUUGGAAAAACGGGAUGAUGAUGAUGAUGACGAGGAUUUGGAAAAACGGGAUGAUGAUGAUGAUGAUGACGAUGAUGAGGAUCUAGAGAAAAGGGAUGAUGAUGACGAUGAUGAUGAUCAAGAUAAACGGGAAGAUGAUGAUGAUGAUGAAUUGGAAAAAAAAGAUGAUGAUGAGGAUGACGAAGAGAAACGAGAUGAUGAUGAUGAGGAUGAUUUAAAUAAAAGGGAAGAUGACAAAAAAAGAGAAACGGCCACAGUAGAUGUAGAUGAUGAUGAUUUGGACACAGAUAUAGAUGUUACAGCACAGUCUAAAAGAUCAACCAACGUUCAGAAAAGAGAUACCUCUUCUCAGUUGAUUAACAGAGCCCCGCGGAACGUCGAUGAUGAAGUUAACGAGGAGGAGGAUGUCAAUGAUGAGGAUAUUGAAGAUGAAACAAAACGUGAUGCUAGUGCAGAUGAUUACAAUGUUAUCGAUUUUCAAGAUGAUAAAAACAACAAUAUUGAAAUAAGGAACGCAGAUUCAGAUGACGAUGAAAUUUCAAGCAGAGAGGCGGAGGCAGAUGACAGCGAAGUUAGCAAUAAAGAGGAAGAUGUAUCAGAAGAAAGCGAUGACAAAACGUCAAGAUCAGCAUCAAAAGCAGAGGGACACAAUGCCGGAAACCUGAACAAACUGAUAGACGAGCUACAGGAUCUAACACCCAAGGAAGACGGGCUGAACAAACGAGAGGAUACAGCCAGCAAGGACGGUGAAGCAGAGAAGAGAGACUCUAAAGCAAAAAAUGGAGAUCCUAACAGCACCCUAACGGCCGAACAGAUCCAGCAGGAGAUUGAGAAACUCCUACAGCAAUGAACCAAAUGAACUCUAAGAAUCUGAUGAUAUAUUAUUAUUGAUGAUAAAGGUUAAUUCACAUUAACUGCAAAAAAUAUUAACAAUUUGGAUUAAAAUGUAGUUAUAAAUGAAAUACAAUAAGAUAAAAUAUGCAUCAUUUGUUUGAUUACAUAGCAUCUUCACCUUAACGGUUUAUGUCAUAUAAAUGUUUUUAAAUUUAGUUAUUUCUUUUCUAGAUGAAUUUUAACGAGUGUAUGACGAUUUAUGUACUUGAAACAAAUUUAAAUUAACUGAUUUUUUCCGUCCCCAAAAAUCGUUCCGAUUCUUCACAAUUUAUUGAGAAAUUACAAAAAAUCAAAAGUAUCUAUAUGUUGCAUGUACGCAA